GGAAAAUGUGACAUGAGCAUUUUAUAACUUUGAGCGAUUUUGUUUUUGACGUAGUGUCACUCGCGCUAGGUUGUGUUUUCAUCACACGAAUUUCGAAAUAUUAAGUCUAAGAACAUUAUCUAUAAGCUAUAAGUGUUAAGUUGGAUUUUUUAGAAAUAAUCUGAAAAUGGCUUUCUCUAUGUUCCUACGCACACCUGCUUGCACAAGUCGAUUGUUAUCUCAGCAUGUUACGAGAUUAGGAGCACAGCCUGCUUUGAAGCCUGUUAACACUGAACGAACAAUAGCAACGAUUAACUCAUUAAAGAACUCAUUAUUGAAGUCUGAAACUACACCUAUUAUGAAUUCGGUACGAUCGUUCCGCACAUCUGUGGUUAGACUGUCAGGUGAGAAAGCCCAUGACCACUCUAAGCUGUGGGUGGUUGAGAGGUUUACAUCUGUACUUUUGGUGCCACUCAUUCCCAUAGCAUUAAUAGCACCCAACAAAGUACUGGACUCACUCAUGGCUAUCCUGAUUACUGCCCAUAGUUUCUGGGGCCUGGAAGCAAUUGCAGUUGAUUACGUGAGGGCAAGUAUUUUUGGUCCUGUCAUCCCCAAGAUUGCCAUUGGUCUCGUCUACCUCAUCUCCAUUGCGACCCUCGGAGGACUCUUCUACGUCAUCACCCACGAUAUCGGAAUCGCUAAUUCUGUUAGACAAUUGUGGUCCAUCAAAUCUGGCCAAAAAGCAUAAAAUUUGUAUUGUUAGUAUUUAUUUUUUUUUGUAGGCAAAAUGCGUUGUAAUUUUUCAGCUGUUACAUAAUGAUGAAUUGUUUAUUUAUUAUAUAGAAUAGUAAGUUAAAAGGAUUAGUUUUAAAAAAAUAGUAUUCAAUGAGGUUUUUUCGGUUUAAAAACAUAUUUGACUUAUAAGGCAAUAUUUUUUUUUGUGUUUAUUGUCUACAGAAGUAAUGUAUUAAGCUUAAUAAUAAUAAUAGUUUUAUUCCUUUGCGAAAGGAGAAAAAUUUUCGUUUCUAAAUUAUCAGGUUAUGUUACGCUGUACUUAAUGCAUGGCACAAUCGUUAAAUAAAUUUGACUAAGAAAGUGUUGGAUUUCAUUAUCAUUAAAUGAUUCUUAAUUUUUGACUACA